UGAAAGUUCGUUUGCAGACGAUGUCCAGGCGAGCAGAGGGGAACAGGGAGACGCCAAACAGGGCAACAGGCGAGAGCGGAGAGACUUAUGGAUUAAUUUUACCCCCCAACCCCCGCCAUUUUUAGAAGACUUUUUGUAGAGAAGCAAACGGCGGAGACCUGGUUUAGUCCCCCUCGCCUGGUCCUUCCCAACCUUCCUACCCUUUUUCCCCAUUGGCUCUUGUUCCCAGAGGGUGGAGAUAAGCAUGGGGUAAGACGGCUGCGACUAAACGCCAAGACAACGCCAGCUGAAGAGGCACACUCACCUGCACUAGUGGUGUCCGGUGGAAGACUGCCAUGGCGUUGCUGCGUUGGAACCUAAAGCUUAUGGUGACGGUGACGAUGGUCAACCUCUUUAUCGUCAUCCUCAUCUCCCGUAACAGCGGCACAGACAAAGAUGGCCGUCGGAAGCCCACUGUUCCCACCGAUCCAUUCUGGACCAAGCUGGCCCCCAGCUCCCCUUACUGGAACCGCCAGCAGCAGAUCGUGGACCUUCAACACAAUCCCAUCAUCACCUUGAACUCCAGCAUUGCAGACUUGCCCGACUGGCUCAACGACACCAGUUUACCUUCUGAUCCCUGCCAACCCAACCUCGGGGUCAGAACUCAGAUUAAAGACUACAACUCUCUACCAAACCGCUUCAAGGACUUUCUGCUCUACAUGCGCUGCCGGUCCUACCCCAUCCUGAUGGACCAGCCCGACAUCUGCAACAACCCCCCUUUCCUGCUCCUUGCUGUCAAGUCCCUGGCGCCGCAUUUUGACCGACGCCAGGCCAUCCGUCAAUCCUGGGGCUCAGCAGGUGUCGUCGCCAACAUGACAGUGGUUACUGUCUUCCUUCUGGGGAACACCACAGCAGUGGACCACCACCCAGAUCUGUCCGAGAUGCUGCAAUACGAAAGCCGGCAACACAAGGACAUAGUGCAGUGGGACUUUAGAGACUCCUUCUUUAACCUGACGGUCAAGGAGCUCCUCUUCUUGGAGUGGAUCCAGACCCGUUGCUCUGGCGCCCGUUACAUCUUCAAGGGGGACGACGACGUCUUUGUCAACACCUACCGUAUCCUGGACUUUCUCAAGGGUUUGUCAGGGCCCAAAGCCAGGGAUCUGUUUGUGGGUGACGUGAUCACCAACGCGGGGCCCCACCGGGACAAGAAAGUCAAGUACUUCAUCCCAGAGAGCAUGUACACCGGAACGUACCCGCCAUAUGCAGGAGGAGGGGGCUACCUAUACUCCGGAGACCUCGCCGCCCGCCUGCAUAACAUCUCGCAACACGUGGCACUCUACCCCAUCGACGAUGUCUACACCGGGAUGUGCCUCCGGAAGCUGGGGCUCGCACCGGACAAGCACAAAGGAUUCCGGACCUUUAACAUAGAGGAGAAGUACCGGUCGAACCCGUGCGCGUACAAGAGCUUGAUGCUGGUUCACCCCAGGACGCCACAGGAGAUGAUCCAGAUCUGGUCCUGGCUCAACCGACCUGAUCUCAACUGCCAAUGAUCAGACCGAAGGGACCCAGCUGGCUCGGUCUGGCCCCAAAAAGUGACAUGCUUUGGGGUUUGUGUGUUGUUGUUUUUUUAUAAUAAAGAGGGUCAUUAUAAAAAAUUGGCAGCUUUAAGUUAAGACUACAUAAAGUUGUGGGAGAGUAGGAUAUUAUUUUGACUUCCUCAAGCUAAUUCUGCUAGCUUAGCUUCUUUCAAAGUGAAUGUCUUCAAAAAUGGAUAUUUAUGUCACAGCUAUUUAUAAAUGCUUUGUACUGCUUAAACACUGUCAACUCCACAAUGGAGGAUCUCAAUGCUGUAUUAAUGUGGAGAAGGUUAUAGGAAGUAUUGGUGGAAAAAAGCACCAACCAAACGGAACGGGUUCACCGGCUAGAAAACACAAUCCCGGCCAACACAGUUUUUUUUUUAUUGUUAUUAUUUCCUUGAGGCUUAAACUAUGCUGCUAUUCCCAUUAUCCUCCCUGAAGUAUUAACAUGACACUCCAAGCAGAGCUUCAGCACGACUUUUAUUAGUAUGUCUUUUUAAAUGAGUCGCUUAUCUGAUCAGAAAGAGUUGUUACACAAAUCCGUAGGUGUUUUCACUUUGUCUGUAUUGGAGAUGCUUUGCUUUCACGUUUUUUUUUUUUUUUUUUUUUUUUUGGACGUUGUGUUACAGCAGACUGGGUCUUUGGAUAAAACGGUGGCCUGGUUCUGCUUCGCUCAGCAGGAAGGAAGACGAGCUGGAGGAAUCCAAAGGCUGAAAACAGCCCGGAUGUGAAUUUUAUUGGGGGUUUUAUUUAUAAUGAGUCGAUAAUCAGUGCUAAACCUUCCACCAGAAUGUCUGACAAAAGAUGGUUACGAUGACAUCCCAUCACGAAGCUGACUCUGAAAUGUUUACUGGUUUGAUUCUUUUUUUUCUUUCUUUCUUCUUCUUUUUUCUAAAAUGGUCCAGAUUCAUCUAUUAUCUUAUCCGCUUUAGAGUUGGUGCUUUUUCCUGCUUAACUUUUUUUUUUUUUUUUUUAUAGGAAUACUGCAUCUUGUCUUGAUGAUCAUUACAGCUAAAUGGAAAGUAGAAGAAAUGCACUGUGCACAACAUGUUAAUGCAGAUGCAAGUGUUUUUCUCUGUUAGGGUUCUGAUAGAAAAUGUCUGAAAUGACAUUUUCAGUCCAAAGCUGAUCCCAUCCUUUCAAACCUCACAUUAUUUUCCGUUAAAGAAGCUCCCCCUGCUGGUCAGGGUGACAAACUCAGACUUGUCGAUGCUUUGUAUACAAACUGAUGUCUCUAGAUGAGAACUGGUUGUGUUUUUACCAUUAUAGUCUGAUGAUCAUCAUAUUCACUUUCUCGCUGCUUCGAAUCCCCACAUAGCUGUCGCCUGUGAUUGUCUCUGUCUACGUUAAAUAUUGAAACACUAAAAAGAGCUAAAGAAUCAACAUUCAUGCUUUAAAAAUAGUUUAAAUACAAGUAAAAGCACAUUUUUAAUCUUUUUUUUUAUCAAUAAUUGGUUAAAUUAUCUCUCUGAACACAGUUGGUGGCUACUUGACAUGUUUACUUGGUGUCCUAGUCAUACAUUUUAGGGAAUUUCUUUGUGACCAAUGUUCCCUCUAAGCUGCGCGCCUGCGCAAUCGCGCACUGCUCACAUAUUCUCAGCGCACAAGAAAAUCUAUGUAGCGCAUAAAAUAAAGUCCAACGUAAAGUGGACAUUGAGCUCAGACAUCAGUUUUGACUAUGGACCAAUAAAAAAAAUUUCCGUACUACUUUGCGAUCGAACUCAGUGAGUGACAGGAAUCCAGCCAAUGAUACGAUACGGUUCACUUUCGCUACGCAGAAAGCGAAAGUGUGUGAAUCGCCGUGUGUACGUGGGUUACGUGCCUUGGUCAUAUGCGCAGUGCAGGUGAGAAUAGUGCAGUAGAGUUAAGAAACGUGAAAGCCAUCACCUUAUCAUGUCUACGUGGGACAUCCACUCACCAAGCCAAAGUAAAAAAAAAAAAAGAAAUGCACUUCUUCUAAGAUCAAAUGGAAUCAAAUCAAAUGAAAGGAAUGGUCUGCAUUUGAUAUUGAAAUGUUGAGUUCAGAUUUUUGACUAUGGAUAAGCAGACAUUUGUACACUGGCAAAGAAGUAUGAGGCCAUUCUCCUCCACCCACAGAUUAUGGAGGCCAUUAUCAGUCAAUAUGCUGAAUUCAACCACUGGAGAAGUGAGAAGACGUGAGAAGCGAGAAGGGCAGACGUGAAAAAAAAACUAAUUAAAUAUUUUACAAGAAUUUAUACUGCAUCACAAGCUACAGAAAACAUUGCAUUGUGCAAAAUGUGAAUGUUUUAAUAUGAACAAACAUUUAUGUCUGAAAGGUGUGAUGUCUCAUUUCUCACCCUGGCUGAAGCAGGACUCUUACUUAAAGCAUGCAUCUCAUGGACAGCAAUGUUUUCUCUUUUUUAUUUUAAUUGAGCAAAUCACUUAAAUUAAAAGCAAACGAAUGAAAAUUGCUGAUGUAAUUUGAUUUUUUAAAUAAGCCAUGCAACUUUCUAUGAUCCCAGAUUUAUGAUACUUGUGCAUGGCCACGCUGUGCACACUGAUGAUGCUCACAGUGGUCCUCAGUGUGCCCAGGAAGCUUGUGUGUACGCCCAGACACAUAAAAAAUUAGAGGGAACAUGGUUUGUGACUAUCUUCUGUUUUUUCUUUCACGCUCUCUAGUUAGAUCAUGUCUUGCUUUUACCUUAUGUUGCCCUCUUUCCUUUUCCUCAGACUCACCUCAGAUAAUCCAGUUGAAUGUUUCCAAACUAAAGACUUUUCACAUCAUACUUGCUUUUCUAAAACCCAAACAUUUUUUACUUGCCACAGUCAGAACCUUCUGCACAGGAGUCCAAAAUGAUCACCAAACCAGAUGUACUUGUACUGUAUGUGUGAGGAUGUUCUUCAGUCGUGUUAAUUAAGCUUGUUUUAAGCAAAUUAUUUAAUUUUCAAUAAAGGUAUUUUUUGUAUGGCGAUCUGUUAUUUAAAAAUGAAUAAAUUGUGAAUAUCAAACCUAUGAAA